CGUGCCCCAUAAUAAAUUACCCGACCCGUACCCGACCUGCCACGGGGCGGGAAUGGGUAUCGAGAUACCCGCCCCCGGACAUGCCCAUUGCCAUUCGUCCGCAUAGAACAUCAAUCUGCCGCCGGCAAGGGCACCGGCCACGAGCUCUCCGUCACCUCAUCGACCUUGGCGACUAGGUGGAAAGACGACCGAGUCCAGGCGACGGCGGAAUCAAAAGCGACCAAUCCAGAGCUUGAAGCCCUCAUCUUCCCCGGGGAUACCUAAUCCCAUGGAGGAAUCGAUGGAAAUUUCAAUCACGAACCUUCCUCUCCUCCUCCCCCGUAUCUGCUGCCGCCGCCAAAAGCCGUCCUCCUGUCUCAAUCUCCUCCUCCGCCUCCUCACUCUCCUCCCUCAAGCCCCACCAUAGAAACUGAACUCCAGAUCCAGACGAUUCUCAGUCACCAAAUUCACCGCCGCCGUUGUCCCAUCAAUCACUGCUGCUAUUUUCGUCGGCGACAAGCUCCGCGAAGCCACGCUCCCGUACCUCGGCAUCGUGAAGGUGAUGAAUCUGGAGGAAGGAGGCUCGUUUCUCACCACACCAGUUGGAGUUCGUUCAGAUCUCUCUCGCUAAGAGAAAGAGCAGUGGAUGGCGACAUGGUUAACGGAGCGAUUCCGGCAAGAUUUUCCACCGCCGGACUGGGACAGACAACACUGCGUCCGAUUCCGCUUGGCCGAUUUCCUAUGCCCUGUUUUGCUAGAGGCAGGGGAUAUUACUAGGCAUGGAUCGGACUCCAGAUUUUGCUGGUCGAGUUUCAGGAGAGUAGACUUCUCAAUCCUUCCUCUUCCAGUUUCGUUUCUGCCGCCAUUCAAUUUCGUUACAUUCUUGAUCGAUUCGUUCGAUUCUCCGACGAAAUCCAUUUCUUCUAUCCUUCUAUUCGAUUGAUUCCUCGACGAAUUCACUUCCUUUGAUUUUCUCAAUCGACGAUUGGCCACAGAAUCAGAAACUCAUUUCAUCGGGGAAGAAGAAACGAUUUGAGCAAGCGGCGGAGAUGAGAGUUGAUGACUCUACCUCCAAAUCAAGUUGCAAAGGAGCUAGGGAGAUAGAAGCUUGCAGGAGCAAAGAUGAAGAUGAAAAGAAAGGGUGGUUGAGUUGGUGGUGUCUUCAGAUCUCUCUCGAACUCAAAAAAAGUUUUUUUUUUACAGAACAAACCCAGGAAAGAUGAAGAAGAAAAAUAUGUUAUGUUGGCAUUUUUGGAAAUAAUAUUUCUUAAUUAUUAAUAUAAUUUAAUUUGACAU